AUGGCAGAUGGUCUCUAUAGGUCCCAACAGCCUGGUGCCGGGCAGUUUCUCUUCCAAACGCCGUCUUUUCAAAACACACAUCUACAACAAGCUUUUCUCCGAAACCAUUCCAGCUCACCCAGCAGAGUGAAACACAACAACAACAACAAUCCCUUACCGCCGUCUCGAUCCCCGCCUCCCGCUCUCGGUGCCGCCGCCCUAAGUUACAAUAACAUGUAUACCCAAGGACAUCAGGGCCAGCAUGCGGCCAUGAUGAACGGUUCUCAGGCCCAUCGAGGGUUCGCUAUGCAAAUGCCGAAAUUCCAGCACCAAACCCACCAUCCUCACCACCCGCAACCGCAUCAUGCCCACCAUAAUCAAGCUUCUCACCAGCUAACCCAUCAGCCCAGUUAUACCGCCGGUGCUUUGGCAAGCACUACUCCCCACUUCACUCCGAGCCACAUGCAGAAUGGUACGCCGGCCCAUGUGGAAGAUGAUAUUGACGAGUCUAUGAAUGAGCAUUGGCAACAGCAGCUACAGCUCGCCGCCGAGGCCAGACAAGCAACGUCCCCCCACUACUACGCCCGAACGAUUGCACAACAGACCAAAGGGAUCCAACUGGCUCCCAGCCAGACCGAUGGUACAGACAAUGCCGGUGACAACCGCCCCAGUGCGGCGGUGUCAAAGGACAGUAAGCGACAGGGUUGGACGUCUCUGGACUUUACUAGCCAAGGACUGCGAGCUAUAUCAACUGCGCUGUUCAAUUAUCGUUUCCUUAGCAAGCUGUACUUGAGCAACAACAAGCUCAAGUCUCUUCCAUCUUCGAUCGGCCAGCUUCGGAGCCUUACCCACUUGGAUCUUUCGGGCAAUGACCUUACCGAACUGCCUGCGGAAAUCGGCAUGCUUACCAACCUGCGCACUCUUUAUGCUUUUGACAACCACAUCCAAAUCCUGCCCUUUGAAAUGGGCUAUCUUUAUCGCUUAGAAAUGCUUGGCAUAUAUGGUAAUCCGUUGAACGAGGCCCUAUCGUCUCAGAUUAAGACUCACGGCACCAAAGCCUUGAUCAAAUAUCUUUUGGAAGAAAUGACUGUACACCUUCCGCCCUCUGAUCGAGAUUGGAUCGUUCUAGAUGAGACGUCUAAAUCGGCACACUCGCCGACAGACAGAAUCACUGUCCUGUCGUAUAAUAUCUUGUGCGACCAAUCGGCGUCACCGUCACACUAUGGCUACGUUCCAUCUCGUGCUUUGACGUGGGAGUUCCGGCGAGACAUGAUUCUGAGCGAGAUCCGAGGCCAUGACGCAGAUAUUGCCUGUCUCCAAGAGAUUGACGGUGGGAACUACAACGACUUUUUCCGGGAGCAGCUUGCCUACAACGACUACAAGGGCGUUUUCUGGCCACGUGGUCGUGCGAUGGGCAUGCAUGAGGAAGAAGCCAAGACGAUUGAUGGUUGUGCGACAUUCUUCAAGACCAGCAAAUAUAUCCUGUUGGAUAAGCAAGUGAUCAAUUUUGGUCAGACAGCCGUGCGACGGCCGGAUGCCAAGGGCCAAGACGACAUCUACAAUCGUCUUUGGCAGAAAGAUCACAUUGCCGUUGUUGUGUUUUUGGAAAACCGCAUGACCGGGACUCGACUGAUUGUUGCCAACUGCCAUCUCUACUGGGACCCGGCUUUCAAGGACGUCAAGCUGAUCCAAACGGCAAUCAUGAUGGAGGAAAUCACCAAGCUCGCGGACGAAUAUGCCAAAUUCCCGGCCUGCACGGACAAGACAGCGUUCCGAUUCUCAGAAGCUGAAAGCGGUGGUGCUCAGGAUAGCACGACGCCCGUGGAGCCAGCUCCGUCUAUGGAAUAUUCCUCUGGAGACCAAAUUCCGGUCUUGAUCUGUGGUGACUUCAACUCGGCUCCUGGCGAAGCGGCAUACAAUUUGCUCUCGCAUGGCAAGCUGAUCGAAUCGCACCCUGACCUCCAGCAACGGCUGUACGGUAAUCUCAGCCGCGUCGGAAUGACGCACCCAUUCAAGCUCAAGUCCGCGUACAACGCGAUUGGGGAGCUGUCGUUUACGAAUUAUACGCCUGAUUUCACAUCGAUUCUGGACUAUAUUUGGUUUUCGUCUACAACACUGCAUGUGACGGGCUUGCUGGGCGAAGUGGACCGAGAAUAUCUCAAGAGGGUGCCUGGAUUCCCCAAUUAUCAUUUCCCUAGUGAUCAUCUUGCAAUGUUGGCCGAAUUUUCAGUCAAGGGAAAGAAGGGCAAGGUUGUGGAAGCGGAUUUUGGACCUCAACGGGACAAGUGA